AUGAGGCUGAAACGGUCGAAAACGAAAGAGGAGAGCUCAAUGGGAGAUGACGAGGCGUCUUUCCAUGCUUUCAACAGCCCCAAGCGACUCCCGGCUUGGCUGGACCACUUCAAUGCCAAGGACCUCAAGAUUUUGUUCAAGUGCUCUUUGGCUGUUUGGAUCCUCACCUUGUUUAUCUACAUCAGCGACACGCUAAGAGUUCUCGGUCAGUCGGCAUUCUUCGGAUGUGUUGUCCUAUUCAUCAUGCCGCCUUCGGGCGUCGUAUUCAUCCACUUCGCAGCCGGAGUUAUGAUCUGCGUCGGUCUUGCGCUCGGCUGGGCCUGGGGAGUCAUCACGAUGAAAGCUGCUCUGGCGACGAGGCCUCUGGCUGAUUUACAGCAACGCUACGCUGAAUUACAACAAUCAAUGCCUCAAAACACGACCAAUGUUGACCAAGCAUCGGGUCAGGCAACCUAUCAACAAAUAGCCAUCUACGAAGGCUUCAUGUUGGAUACUCGCGUAUCGGUCACGUACUUCUGCAUGAUGGGAUUGUUUGUCUAUCUAAUGGCGCGUCUGCGAGUUUCUGCUCCCAACUUGAUGCUCGUGUCCAUGUUUUCCAUGAUUGUCGCCGACAUCUACUUCACCACAGCACCGCUUAUUCCGACUUUCAACGGCACCAUACCGAAAGUCUUGAUCCUGCCAAGUGCCAUCGCAGUUGGCGUUGGAGUUGUUUGCAAUUUGUUGUUUUUCCCGCAAUCAACCUCUCAAAUCACCCUUGGAAGCAUGGCAGACCUUCUCCGCCCCAUGAAUGGGUACGUGAAGGCUCUGACAUGGCAUUUCAAGACGAGAGCCAGGUUUGAGCCCGAGCAGCUACAAGCCUUGAAGAGUACCUUGACAGUGUCCUUCAAGAGCGUCGAAAGUGCCGUCAAGUUUCUACCUUUAGACUUUUCUUAUCGACGAUGGAGUCCUGAAGACAUCAAGUCUUUUCAAGAACCACUACGACAAGUACUGGUAUCCUUCGGCGAGUUAUUACAGAUGUCAAUCUCUCGCGAAGAGCUUUUUGCCAAAGAUGAAGCUCUAACCAAAGCGGCCGAGGAACUUGAGAAGUCUGACAACGAGAAGCACCCUCUGGCUUACCAUAUUGCGAAAGCGGCUGAUCUACGUGAGCUCACAAGACAUCCUGAUACUGAAGAGAUGAUUGUCAAAGCCAUCGAUGCACUGUCCUUAUGCGCUACUCCCUUGCUGCAGACACUCGAGCAAAGCGUCAAUGCCAUCAUCGAAGCAUUCUCAGGAGCUUCUCAAAACGACACAAUCAGUCAACAUGAGCAGAUCCUAGCAUCGUUGCAAGAAGCGCUCGAAGACUUCGAAGACACGGCUGCAGAGCAACUAAUCGCCCCUCAUGCUCAUCUCUUCGAUGCCAACGGCAAGGUUAUCUACAAUGAUCACCGCGCACCUCCUCUACUUGGCUUGAUGUCUGGUCUUCUAUAUCAGGAACGACUCAUCAACCUGACAAAGAAUAUUGGAGGGGUUCUCGAGAGAGCUAUCGAGGUUGAGAGGGUACGAACAUCGAAGCGAGUAUGGCUACCCAAAGGCCUCCAGCACAUUUUCUCGCUCGGCCUGUCCCAAGAUGCACCGCCUUCCACGAUUCCCAACUCUAACGAUCUCACUCGAACAAUGUCCGUCAUUUCCAAACCUGAGAAGAAGCGAGGUCUCUUCAGCAAGAAGCGAAAGGAAAAGGAAGACCCUGAAGGGGCAAGAACAACAGCCACCAUUCUGGAAAGUAUGGAACAGCCGACGAGCCGCCGACGAAGCAAAUCAAGUCUGGUCUUCUUGGCGCUUAUCAACUUCUUUACGGGUGUCGAGGGUCUUCACGCUCUUCGUGCGCUCGUCUUGACUAUUGCCCUCGCCGUUCCUGCAGUGAUACCAUCGUCAGCUGGCUUCUACUAUCGCGAAAAGGGUCUAUGGGCUCUGAUCAUGGCUCAGAUGGCUCUCGAACCUUAUAUGUCCGACUUCACAUCUGGAAUUCUCAUUCGUACCCUCGGCACUGUAGCUGGAGGUAUCCUGGGUCUUUUGUGCUGGUACAUUGGAUCUGGUAAUGGUCCUGGAAACCCAUACGGCUUAGCUGCCAUCAUGGCAGUCGCCGUCAUCGGUAUGAUGUGGUGGAGAUUGUUUGCUCCGCCACAACAUAUGGCCGCAGGUAUCAUGCUUACGUCAACUAUGUACAUGGUCAUGUCUUAUAGUUGGGUGGAUACGCAUAUUCCCAGUUACGGCAAUCCUGGAGUCGGGUACGAGGUCUUCUGGCGGCGAAUCCUUCUUGUCCUUAUCGGUUUCGGCGCAGCCGUCCUUGUUGCGCUUCUCCCCCGACCCCUUUCCGGAAACAGACAUUAUCGACAAAUCCUAUCCAGCCAGUUGUCAAGUAUUAGAGACCGCUAUGCCCUUCUGAUCUCAGUCUGGCGCUCGCCUCCUGAUGAUUUCGUCGAGGUCAUCGAGAAGCAGGCUACCACGACCGAAGAGCUGCUCAACUCCAUCGCCCUUCCAAUCCUAAAGACCAAAUUUGAGUUUUCAACCUCAAACAUCGAUACUGAAACGCUCAGCCGCGCCAACCAUCUUUGCAACAAUCUCAACGUCUUCCUGGCACAGUUUAGCAUGACCGCGACGAAGCUACCACUCCCAGUCCGCGAGAGGUUCUUCUAUCGCGUGAGCGCAGGCGACGAAAACCUGAUCGCUGACCUGAUGUCAACCAUGACCCUUCUCCAGCAUUCGCUGAUGUCUGGAGAGCCACUCCCAGCCAUUUUGCCAACGCCUUUGGUGGGCCGGGCGAUCCAGUUCAGGAGGUUACGGGGAGACUUUCAAGAUGAGGGCAACUCUAAGGAAUACCUAGCAAAGCAAGAAGGAAGACAGUGGUCAGCAGCGGUUUAUUCGUUUGUGAGAUUUUUGGGCACGCUUGACGAGCUUGUUAUAGUCGUGAAGAAGUCUGUUGGUGAAAGAUCACAUAUCAAUGCGGAAGCAUUAGGAGGCAGUAUAUACUAG